GACCUCAUUCUCCUGACAAGCCCCGCCCCCUCCCCAGAACACCUUGAGCACCUCAACACUGAUGCAAGAUGGCCGCCGGCGUGGCCACGUGGCUGCCGUUCGCGCGGGCGGCGGCAGUAGGCUGGCUGCCACUGGCAAAGAAGACGAUGCCCAAGCCGCCGGUGGACAACACGUCCAGAUCCGAUGAGAUCCUGUACGUCAACGUCAGCGGCGUCCGCUUCCAGACAUGGAAGAACACUCUGGACCGUUACCCGGACACUCUCCUGGGCUCCUCUGAGAAGGAGUUUUUCUUCAAUGAAGACACUCAGGAGUAUUUCUUUGACAGAGACCCUGAGAUGUUCCGACACAUCUUGAACUUUUAUCGCACAGGGAAGCUCCACUAUCCCCGACACGAAUGCAUCCAGGCGUUUGACGAGGAGCUGGCCUUCUACGGCAUUGUACCGGAGAUCAUUGGAGACUGCUGCAUGGAGGAAUACCGAGACAGGAAGAAAGAGAACCAGGAGCGCCUUGCAGAAGACACUGAGGCCAAUGAGUCGACGGAUGCCCCCCUCCCCCCACACAGCACCCCCAGGGAGCGUCUGUGGAGAGCCUUCGAGAACCCCCACACCUCAACCAUGGCGCUGGUCUUCUACUAUGUCACAGGUUUCUUCAUAGCUGUGUCCGUCAUCGCCAACGUGGUGGAGACGGUGCCCUGCCGGCCUCCGAAGGGCAAAGUCAAAGACCUCCCUUGCGGAGAGAAGUACGAUCUGGCCUUCUUCUGCAUGGACACAGCCUGCGUGCUCAUCUUCACCUUCGAGUACCUAAUGCGCCUGUUCGCCGCGCCCAGUCGCUGUAAGUUCAUGCGCUCUGUGAUGUCGGUGAUCGACGUGGUGGCCAUCAUGCCCUACUACAUUGGCCUGGUGAUGCCUGAGAACGAGGACGUGAGCGGCGCCUUCGUCACCCUGCGGGUGUUCCGCGUCUUCCGGAUCUUCAAGUUCUCGCGUCAUUCUCAGGGUUUGAGGAUUCUGGGCUACACGCUGAAGAGCUGCGCCUCCGAGCUGGGCUUCUUGCUCUUCUCCCUAACCAUGGCCAUCAUCAUCUUCGCCACCGUCAUGUUCUACGCCGAGAAGGGCACCGCAAGCUCCACCUUCACCUCCAUCCCGGCCUCCUUCUGGUACACCAUCGUCACCAUGACGACGCUGGGGUACGGUGACAUGGUUCCAAGCACCAUCGCAGGGAAGAUCUUUGGUUCCAUCUGCUCUCUCAGCGGCGUGCUGGUGAUCGCCCUCCCAGUGCCGGUCAUCGUGUCCAACUUCAGCCGGAUCUACCACCAGAACCAGAGAGCUGACAAGAUGAGAGCCCAGCAGAGGUUCAGACAGGCUGGUUGGCUCAGGCUUGCUAACCUAACUAAUGAAUCAUACUUCCUGGAUUUCACUGAGAAUUGUUCUGUUUUUCAGGACAGAGACAGCGACAGCACGGCCCUGUGUGUGAAGAACAGAUCGGCGUUUGAACAUCAGCACCACCACCUGCUGCACUGUCUGGAGAAGACCACGAACCACGAGUUCACCGACGAGAUGAACUACAGCGAGCUCUGUAUGACCGAGUCGGUGGGCUUCAGGACCAGCCGCAGCACCUCCCUCUCCAGCCAACAGGGGGCGCAAAACAACUCCACAGGAUGCUGCCCCCGCCGGGUCCGGAGGAGAGCCGCCAUGCGACUGGCGAACUCCACGGUGUCUGUGAGCCGCGGAAGCGUCCAGGAACUGGACACCCUGCAGUUCAAAACCACAACCAUUCCACACCAAACUCGAUCCAGUCUGAACGCCCAGCCUGACAACCUGAAGCUGAACUGUGGCGAGCAGGAUUUCACCGCCGCCAUCAUCAGCAUUCCCACUCCUCCCGCCAAUACGCCGGAUGAGAGUCUCCCGCCAUCGCCGGCCCCCAUCCCCGGCAUCCUGCGGAACACCCAGGCCACCGCCUACACCCACGAAAGCUUCAAAAUCUCCUCCUUAUAACCUUUGACUCCUCCUCCCCUGAUUCAGAGCCCCUUCAAUAAUCCUCCCCCCUCCGUACCUCUGAACCCGGAUCUGGGGAACCGCAGGCGAACAGUUGAGACCACUCUGAUGGAUCAUGGAGCCGCUGGAUGUUCAGAAUGAGCGCAGAAAAGAAGUGAAAGCUGCAGAACCGUUGGAGAAAGACUCGUACCGGGAAGAGGUUUGGGUAGGAGGAGGUUCCUCUGCUUUUCACACACAGUUCAUCCUUAGAGGUCUUGGUUUGGUACCGAUCCGGGGCUGGAUCACCCUGGACUGUCGGGAACCAGCUGCUGCUUUGGUUUCUUCUAGAUUCUUCCCAUUUCUUUGUUUAAACGGGAAAAUAGCUGCUCAAGUUUUGGAUUUUCCUGCCUCCCGCUACAAGCUGAGCAGUGUUUAAGUAAGAUGGAAAGAUGAAUCCUCAGGAUUUCCAGCAUGUUUGGAAUGUCUCCUUAUUGACUGAAUGAUUUGGCCAGUUGGUUCUGAAGGAAAAAAAAACUCUCAGGAACCAGCUGCUCCUCAAACCGACGGACCUGAACCGAACUGAGCUCAUUCCGUCCCUCUGCAGCAGAAUCAUCUGAACUUACUGAAGGGCCUUUGGAUGGUAUCAACAGGCUCCGAUCCGAACUGCUCCGGUCCGGCUGUAGCUCCGAAGUGUUCGAUCCGGACCAGGGAGCUUCUACUCUCUAAAAUAUGCAACGUUAGGAAACCAGAACCUCAUCAGGAACAGUUUAAGUCUCCAGUGAUCACUGCAGGGAACAAACCGACACGGGGAGGAAAUGUUUUCACCGAGAGGAAACGACUGAAGCUCCUCAGCUGAAGGUCCCGUUGAUCCGGUGGACGUUUGCUUUCCUGCCACGACUUCGAGACAAAACAAAACUAAAUCUCCUUCUACUGAAUCCAACCAGACCCACCUGCCUAAACCAAUCAGCUGGUUCUGCUCUAUUAAAGAUGGCCGACACUUCCUAAGAAACCAGUGAUCCCAAAGUGUCCAAGCGUCCACCCUAACCCCUACAUCAUAUAU